UGAGGAAAAUGAUUCACGCGCUCGUUUUGUACUUUUUAUGUUUUAUUCCUCUGAUUGGAGUGUUUGGUGUCGAGACAGAUGAGAUGUCAGCGAUGGAGGGAGAUUCCUUCACUCUCCGUACUGGUCUUACAGAAAUACAGAGAGAUGAUGAGAUCGAGUGGAGGUUUGGAUCGAGCAGAACUCGUUUAACCAGAAUAGCGGCGGGGAACAUUACUACAUACAAUGACGAGACAUUUAGAGACAGACUGCAGCUCGAAAGACAGACUGGAGAUCUCACCGUCACAAACAUCACUAAUGAACACACUGGCGUUUAUCAACUGAGCAUCAUUAUCAGGAAUAAGAAGUCAACCAAGCGAUUCGCUGUCACUGUUUAUGUUUUGUUUAUGUUUCCCCUUUGUUUCCCAGCUCCUGUGCCUAUUCCUGUAAUCUUCAGUGAUACUUCACAAUGUGCUUUAUCGGCUGAAAGAUCAUCGAGGAUCUUCCUGUGUUCAGUGGUGAAUGUGGAAUAUCAGGAGAAAAACACCUACAGCUGUGUAGUGAACAAUCCUGUCAGCACCCAGACCAGACAUCUGGACAUCGAUCAACUCUGUCAAAUACAUUCAGACUGCGACCUUUGUUUUGACUCUCCUGAAGCUGUGAUCCGACUGGUCGUCUCUGCUUUGAUAAGUGUAGCUGCUGUGGCCGCUGUUGUUCUUCUGGUUAAUGACAUCAGAAGAUUCGGAAGAACACAGACAAUGAAACGGUGA